ACCAUCAUCUGAAACUUUCCUUUCUUGGUCACACACUGCGUUCUCUCUCUCUCUGAUCCAUUUCUCCUCUCUCUACUCAUCAAUCAACAAAACAAUUUCAAUCCACGCAGCUGGAGGGAAUUUUCUUCCGCAAUUAUAGAUUACACAUAUCCCUUGUUCAUUCAUCCAUCUCUUAGAGCUUUGUUCAAUGCAUAUGGAAGCCUUUUCAACUCCGUGUUCUUAUCACGUGUUCUUAAGUUUUAGAGGUGAAGACACCCGACACACCUUUACCGAUCAUCUCUAUACAGCUUUGCUAAAUGCAGGAAUACGCACAUUUAGGGAUGAUGAUGGACUUGAGAGGGGAGAGAAUAUCUCCUUAGAUCUGAUAAAGGCAAUUGAAGAGUCAAGCAUUUCAGUAAUUGUAUUCUCAAAAGACUAUGCAUCUUCAACAUGGUGCCUUGAUGAACUUUUAAAGAUCAUUGAACGCAAAAAUACUGUUGGUCAUAUGAUUCUGCCCGUGUUCUAUCAUGUGGAUCCAUCUGAUUUAAGGUGGCUAAAGGGAAGUUUUGGAGAAGGAUUUGCAAAACACAAAAAGAGAUACAAGUUGGAGUCAGAUGAAAGAAAAGAGGAGGGCAUGAAUAAGAUAAGGAGGUGGAAGGAAGCUUUGAGAGAAGUUGCAGAUUUGUCUGGAUUGCAAUUCAAAUAUGGGUAUGAGUCAACUUUCAUCCAGAAAAUCAUUAAAGAGAUUGGGAGAAAAUUGAAUCGUACAGUCUUGAGUGUUUGUCCAUGUCCAGUUGGAUUAGAUUCUCGUAUAAAUGACAUAAAUUUGUGGCUACAAGAUGGAUCAAACAAAGUUGACAUAAUGGCAAUAGGUGGGAUGGGAGGAAUUGGGAAGACAACGGUUGCCAAAGCUGUCUAUAACCUAAACUUUGAUAAAUUUGAAGUUAGCAGUUUUAUUGCAAACAUAAGCGAGAGUUCAUCAAAACCCAAAGGUUUGGUUUAUUUACAAAGACAGCUUCUUUCAAAUAUUUUAAAGGGAAAAAUGGUAAAAGUUAACAGUGCUGAUGAAGGAAUCAUGAAGAUCAAAGAUGCUAUUUACGGCAAAAGAGGUUUAGUUGUUCUUGAUGAUGUGGAUCAAGCAGACCAAUUAAAUGCAAUACUCACAAUGCGAGAUUGGUUUCAUCCAGGAAGUAAAAUUAUCAUAUCAACUAGAAAUGAGCAAUUGCUGAAGGCAAAUGAACCAUAUAAGAUUUAUAGAGUUAAGGAAUUAACCCACGAUGAAUCGUUACAGCUCUUCAGUUGGCAUGCCUUUAAACAAGACCGCCCCAUUGAAGGUUACAUGGAGCACUCAAAAAGCGUUGUGAAGUAUUGUGGAGGGAUUCCUUUAGCUCUUCAAGUUUUGGGUUCUUCUCUAUUUGGGAGAAGUGUCAAUGUGUGGGAAAGUGCAUUAAAGAAAUUAGAAGCAAUUCCUGACAGUGAGAUCAUUAAAAAACUUAGAGUAAGCUUUGAUUCUUUACAAGAUGACCACGACAAAAAUUUGUUCCUUGACAUAGCUUGUUUCUUUGUUGGAAAGGAUAUAGAUUUCGUAGUAAUAGUAUUGGAUGGCUGUAAAUACUUCACAAAAUUCGGGAUUGACAACCUCAUUCAUAGGUAUCUCUUAACAAUCAAUGAAGAUAACAAGCUGACAAUGCAUCAGUUGCUUCGGGACAUGGGAAGAGAUAUUGUACGUCAAGAAUCAGACAAGGAACCAGGAAAACGCAGCAGGCUGUGGCUUCAUGAGGAUGCCUUAAAUGUAUUAAGAGAAAAUACGGGAACAGAAACCAUUGAAGCCAUCAUCCUCAACUUGCAGAUGUCAGAAGAAGAUAGGCCACUUGGAAGAUUCAGUUUAAACAAUUCAAAAAGACACCAUUCCAAUGAUUUUCUUGAUGAAUCAACAUCGCAACAACAUAGCAAUUGGUGGAAGCAACUAGGCUUCUCUGUAACUUCUAUCUUGACAGGGUCUUCUUCCACAUCAAAUGUAGUAGACUUACAAACCCAUGCAUUUUCAAGGAUGCACAAUCUAAGAUUGCUGAAUCUCAGUAAUGUAAAUCUCACUGGAAACUACGAACAUUUUCCUAGGAGGUUGAGAUGGUUGUCUUGGUGUGGGUUCCCUUCGAAAUUUAUACCCAAUGACUUUCCUAUGGAGAGCCUUGUUGUUCUUGAGAUGCAAUAUAGCAGCUUGAAACACGUUUGGAAGGAAAACAAGUUUCUCAAAUCAUUGAAAAUCCUCAAUCUCAGUCAUUCCCAUUGCCUGACCAGUUUGCCUGACUUCUCACAAGUCCCUAAUCUUGAGAGCUUGAUUCUUGAAGGUUGCAUAAAUUUGAUUGAGAUUGAUGAAUCCAUUGGGGAAUUGGGAAGACUAGCUUUUUUGAAUCUAAAAGAUUGCAAAAAUCUUAGGAAGCUUCCGUUGAAAAUUUGUCACCUAAAAUCUCUUUUAACUCUCAAUCUCUCUGGUUGCUCAAAGCUCUUCCAGGUUCCAUACAACCGGUAUUGGGGAUCAGGAUCAAUAACCCUCAGUUUUUCCCAUAUUUCUUUACCAUCGUUGUUAGUAAGUUUAAGUCUUGCAAACUGCAAUCUAUCGAACGAUGCUAUUCUAUGUCAGCUUGUCAACCUAUCCUCAUUGGAGUACUUGGAUCUAAGCAGAAAUUCAUUCUCUAGGAUACUAAAGAGCAUCAACUUUCUCGCAAAGCCCAAGCUCAAGCACCUGAAUAUAAGCCGAAAUCCAAUCUCUCGGAUAUCAAAGAGCAUCAAGUUUCUCACUAUGCUUGAAUCACUUAGAUUAGUGAAUUGCACACGACUCCAGUCACUUCCGGAACUUCCAAUGAAUGUAAAGUACUUGGACAUAACAAAAUGCAGAUCAUUGGAAAAGUUAACAAAUCUUCCAAACCUGUUGAGUUCACUUUCCAUGGAAGCAGAUGGCUGUGACAAACUCAUUGAAGUUCAGAGAGUGUUUAAGUUAGAACCCAUUGGAAAUAAUGAUGCAGAAAUGAUCAGUAAUUUGGGCUUGUCCAACUUGGAAUUCUUGGGAAAUGUUGAGGUGUACUUGUUCAAUAACAUGACACAAACUGGAAGAAAAGUUUCAUUACAGGGACUGUACGAAUGUGGUAUAUUUAGCACUUUUGUUCCUGGGGCCGAGGUUCCAGGCUGGUUCAGGUUUAAGAGCACGGGAUCUUCAAUAUGUUUCAGGUUACCUUCACUUACUAAUCUCAAGAUCCAAGGCUUGAAAGUAUGUGUUGUCUAUGCAAGUACUGAGGGAGUUUCCAAUCUCAUUACUUAUUGGAAAGACUUCUAUAUUAAAAUUAGUAAUAGGACCAAGGAUCUGAAGUGGAUGUACAGCCCAACGUUCAUAGGCAUUCCAGAUGAUGAAAACAAAGAUCAUAUGAUAUGGUUAAGCAAUUGGCAGAUCAGGAAUCAGUUGGAAGUUGGUGAUGAAGUAAUAGUUUCAGUGCUCCCGUGGCCUGAUUACGUGAUAAAGGAAUUUGGCAUCGAUGUCGUAUUUGAGCAAGAAGAUAAGAGUACCAGCGGAUGCAGCACCAGUCCCUAUUGGUCAAAUGUGGAUGAGGUAGAUUGGUCUGCAUAUCAGUUGACAACAGGCGUGUACUCCCUCAACCAUUAUGAUACUCGCUUCCGUCGGUUAUUCGCAUACGAUUUCUUUACUGGGGACUCUGAAGAAACUACUAGUGUGGUUACAGUAACACCCCGAUGGAAAUGUGCGGCAGCAACGCCAAUUAUGUGAAAGCUCAGCGCGGGGAACGAAGCUUUGAUCAUAUAUAUAUAUAUAUAUUUUAUAUGUAUACUUAAUUUCUGUUUUGGUGUUCAAUAAAUAAUUCAGUUGACAUGGACCUGUUGGUUUUAAUCAAGUUACGAUGUGGGAUUUGUAAGAGACUUCUGAAUGCUGGUUUGGUGAGCAGUUUUUCUGUUACUAUUACUACUACUUUCUAUUUCAUAAUUUUUUUUUUCCUAA